AUGGUGGCCGUCUCGAGAGUUAACUCGGUCGUCACCUCGAUCGCCUUCAGCAAUGAUGACGACCUUCAGAGUUUCUACACAGCUCUAGAUGACUCCAACAAUGACUCCAUGUUGGAUAUAGUCACAGACACCACGAUUGCCGACGUUGGAUCUGUGAGCGCAGAAGAGGAGUCCCUGGUUGAAGAUGUUGAUCUGCUAUCCCGCAAUAUGGUAGUUCUUAAGAAAGCACCAGAGACCUCGGAUGAGACACUCAGGGUCAACAGACAGUUGCUGAAGGAUGAAUUGCGGGUCACAGGGCUCAUCAAUACGUUGAUUAGCAGUUAUCCGCCCAGUUUGGAAGUUUCUGAGGACAUUGAAGAGCCUCCUCGUAAACGUCUUGAAAUUGUGUGGAGCCGGCUCCGCAGGUUGAUAAGAAAACUUUUCAGACGUCGCCAUUAA